AUGAUUGAGAUCGUGGGACGCCACGUAGGACCUCGAGGCUAUGGGCUGAUGAACUUUACCUGGCGCAAGGAUCCCAUCGCCCACAAGCAGGCAUUUGAGGCCCUGCGCGCCGCCAUCGACGGCAACAUGACAUUUUGGAAUGGAGGCGACUUCUACGGCACCCCGGAGGAUGCCGACAAGGUCGACCUGAGCAUCAAGGGCGUCUUCCGGCCCAAUAUGCAACCAGACGGCUCGCCCCAGUACAUCCGCCACUCCCUCGACUCUAUCCUCGCUCAGCUCAAGGGCUGGAAGAAGCACGAUAUUUUCGAGUGCGCUCGUCGCGACCCCAAGGUGCCUCUCGAGACGAAAUUUGGCGUCAUUGAAAAGGAGUACGUCCAGACCGGUAAAGUUGGCGGUGUCUGUCUCUCUGAGACCUCAGCCGCCAGCAUUCACGAAGCCGUGAAGAUUACCAAGAUUGUCGGUGUUGAGGUCGAACUGAGCCUUUUCUCCACCGACGUCCUCACGAAUGGCGUGGCCGAGGCUUGUGUCAUGUACGGAAUCCCCUUGAUUGCAUACUCGCCCCUCGGCAGGGGCCUACUCGCGGGUCAGGUCAAGACCAUCGACGACACCCCUGAAUCCGAUUCUCGCCGCAACCUGCCCCGUUUCCAGACGGGAAACUUUGAUAUCAACCUUCAGCUGGUCAAGCAGGUUGAGGAAAUGGCCACCAAGAGGAGCUGCACCCCCGCUCAGCUCGCCCUCGGAUGGGUCACGUCUCUACAGCGCCGCCCGGGGAUGCCUACCAUCAUCCCCAUCCCGGGAGGCACGUCCGCUGCCAAGGUGUGCGAAAAUGCUAAGCAAAUUGAUCUCACCGAUGAGGAGAUGAAUGUCUUUGAUGCGACGUUGGACAAGUUCGAGGUGGCUGGUGGAAGGUAUCCCGACGGCGUGCCCGUCGAUACCUAA